CCCGGUCGAGUGGCAGCAGGGCUCUGAGACGCUGGAGAGGAGAGAGCCACCAUAACUAUGCAAUCACAAAAGCACACUCGUCUCCAUGGACUGUAAAAUGAAAAGAUCACACAUCCUCGACUUGGAUUGGAAGAAACAACACAUGCGACUCUGAUGACCAACACAAUAACGGAAUUCACUUUUUGGAGUUUGAGAGUUGACUCCGAAAUAUAUAUAUAUAUUUUUUUGGCGUUUCAAGCAACAGUUUGUAAAUAUCGCUGAGACAGAACGACUGUAAGUAGGAAUUCAUUUAUUUUUUUUAUCUCGAACAUAAAACAUUUAAUCUCCAACACGUAGCCUAUUAUACACGAGAUGUGUCCGUUUUUCCUUCUCCCUUGCGCACCGUGAGCUGCAUCUUCAGGUGUCUAUGAAACCGUAGACCCCCUAUCCAGCCUUCAAGAUGGAGGAGGAACAGUGCUUCUACAAUGAGUCCAUUGCCUUCUUCUACAACCGCAGUGGAAAGUACCUGGCUACAGAGUGGAAUACCGUCAGUAAGCUGGUGAUGGGGCUGGGUAUCACAGUAUGUAUCUUCAUCAUGCUGGCUAACUUGCUGGUCAUGGUGGCUAUAUACGUCAACCGCCGCUUCCACUUCCCUAUUUACUACCUGAUGGCCAACCUGGCCGCCGCGGACUUCUUUGCCGGCCUGGCGUACUUCUACCUGAUGUUCAACACGGGCCCGAACACGCGGCGCCUCACGGUCUCCACGUGGCUUCUCCGACAGGGUCUCAUCGACACGUCCCUCACGGCGUCCGUGUGUAACCUCCUCGCCAUCGCCAUCGAACGCCACAUCACCGUUUUCCGCAUGCAGCUGCACACGCGCAUGUCCAACCGGCGUGUGGUGGUGGUGAUUGUAGUCAUCUGGACCUUGUCUAUCGUCAUGGGAGCCAUCCCGUCGGUGGGGUGGAACUGUAUCUGUGACGUCAGCACGUGUUCUAGCAUGGCGCCGCUGUACUGUAACUCCUACCUGGUGUUCUGGGCCAUAUUCAACCUGGUCACCUUCUUGGUCAUGGUGGUGCUGUACGCUCACAUCUUUAUGUACGUGAGACAGAGGACCAUGAGGAUGAGCAGACACAGCUCUGGACCACGCAGGAACAGAGACACCAUGAUGAGCCUGCUGAAGACUGUCGUCAUCGUACUGGGUGCGUUCAUCGUCUGCUGGACUCCAGGCCUGGUUCUCAUCCUCCUCGAUGUGUUCUGUGCCAACUGUAACGUCCUGGACUUUGAGAAGUUCUUCCUGCUUCUGGCUGAGUUUAACUCUGCUAUGAACCCAAUCAUAUACAGCUACCGGGACAAGGAGAUGAGCGCCACCUUCAAGCAGAUCCUGUGCUGCCAGCGCCAGGAGAACGUUAACGGGACGGCAGCCGAGGGCUCUGACCGCUCAGCCUCCUCUAUCAAUCACACCGUGCUGAGUGGAGGGAAACAAAACAAUGAUCACUCAGUGGUCUGAGGAGAGGGACUGGAGAUGGGAGGAGAGGAGAGGGACUGGGGCUGGAGAAAGGAGGAGAGGGACUGGGGCUGAGGAGAGGAGAGGGGCUGGAGACAGGAGGA